GGGAUGGUUCAGUCUUGCCGGCGCCUGGCCUGGACCUUUCUUGUGGGUCGCUUUCACCCAGCCUCCCACAUACUGCGCUGUGGAUGCGCAUUCGGGCGUUUCCAGCAGGGUCUGCACCUUUAUGUUCACAGAAGAUAUUUGAAGAGCAGACACUAUGUGAACAUCACUGUGGUGUUUACCUUGUUUAUUUAUAGUCUUGGUGUUUCUCCUGAGCACUUGGUUCAACCUAGGUUGCUAAGUCUUUGGGUUUUCCUCCAGAUUUCUGCUGUCUCUGGAUCCAGCCUCUCUGCUUGGCAUUCUCAGGACUCUGACCUUUUGGAGGAAGAAGACGAUAUGACCAGGUCUCUUGAAACAGUGACGUUUAAGGAUGUGGCUGUGGACCUCACCCAGGAGGAAUGGCAGCAGCUGAAACCUGCUCAGAGGAACUUGUACCGGGAUGUGAUGCUAGAGAACUACAGCAACCUAGUCACAGUAGGUUAUCAAGUCACCAAACCAGAUGUGAUCUUCAAGUUGGAACAGGAAGAGGAUCCAUGGGUGGUAGAGGAAGAAAUGCUUGGGAGGCACUGUCCAGAAGUUUGGGAAGUUGAUGAACAACAGAUCAAGAAGCAACAGGAAGCACUUGUGAGGAAAGUCACAUCCAUCUCCAAGAAAACUCUGAUUAAGGAAAAUGUCAUUGAAUGUAAAAAAGUUACAAAAAUAUUUCCUUUGAACUCAGAUAUUAUUACUUCAAGACCAAACUUCUAUGAAUGUGACUCAUUUGAUAAAGAUUUGGAACAUAAUUUAGACUUACUUAGUUAUGAUAAGGACUGUAUAAGAGAGGAAAAUUAUGAAUAUAAUAAAUACAGGAAGCCAUUUUACUCUUGCUCAUCCCAUGUUCUAACCCCCUUUAAGUGUAAUCAGUGUGGACAAGACUUCAGUCAUAGAUUUGACCUCAUCAGACAUGAGAGAAUUCAUGCUGGAGAGAAACCCUACGAGUGUAAGGAAUGUGGAAAAGCCUUCAGCAGGAAGGAAAAUCUUAUUACACAUCAAAAAAUUCAUACUGGGGAGAAACCAUAUAAAUGUAAUGAAUGUGGAAAAGCUUUCAUUCAGAUGUCAAAUCUUAUUAGACACCAGAGAAUUCAUACAGGGGAGAAACCUUAUGCAUGUAAGGAUUGUUGGAAAGCCUUCAGUCAGAAAUCAAAUCUCAUUGAACAUGAGAGAAUUCAUACUGGAGAAAAGCCCUAUGAAUGUAAAGAAUGCGGAAAAUCCUUCAGCCAGAAGCAAAAUCUUAUUGAACACGAGAAAAUUCAUACUGGGGAGAAACCUUAUGCAUGUAAUGAAUGUGGUAGAGCCUUUUCUCGAAUGUCAUCUGUUACUCUACACAUGAGAAGUCACACAGGGGAAAAACCCUAUAAAUGUAAUAAAUGUGGAAAAGCCUUCUCUCAAUGUUCAGUGUUUAUUAUACAUAUGAGAAGUCAUACAGGUGAGAAACCCUAUGUAUGUAGUGAAUGUGGGAAAGCAUUCUCUCAAAGUUCAUCCCUUACUGUACAUAUGAGAAAUCAUACAGCUGAGAAACCCUAUGAAUGUAACGAGUGUGGAAAAGCCUUCAGCAGAAAAGAAAAUCUCAUUACACAUCAGAAAAUUCACACUGGAGAGAAACCGUAUGAAUGUAAUGAAUGUGGGAAAGCUUUUAUUCAGAUGUCAAACCUCAUAAGACACCAGAGAAUUCAUACUGGUGAGAAACCUUAUGCAUGUGCAGUAUGUGGGAAAGCCUUUAGUCAGAAAUCAAAUCUCACUGAACAUGAGAAAAUUCAUACUGGAGAAAAACCUUAUCAUUGUAAUCAAUGUGGAAAAGCUUUCAGUCAGAGACAAAAUCUCCUCGAACAUGAAAAAAUUCACACUGGAGAGAAACCAUUUAAAUGUAAUGAAUGUGGUAAAGCCUUCUCUCGAAUCUCAUCCCUUACUCUUCAUGUGAGAAGUCAUACAGGAGAGAAACCUUAUGAAUGUAAUAAAUGUGGAAAAGCCUUCUCUCAAUGCUCAUUACUUAUUAUACAUAUGAGAAGUCAUACUGGUGAGAAACCCUUUGAAUGUAAUGAAUGUGGGAAAGCAUUCUCUCAAAGAGCAUCCCUUUCUAUACAUAAGAGAGGUCAUACAGGUGAGAAACCUCAUAAAUGUAAAGAAUGUGGGAAAGCCUUUCAUUCUGGCUCACAACUUCGUAAACAUCAAAAGAUCCACAUAGGUGAGAAACCCUAUAAAUGUAAGGAGUGUAGGAAGGCCUUUCCAUCUACUUCACAACUUAAUUUACAUCAGAGAAUUCAUACAGAUGAGAAAUACUAUGAAUGUAAAGAAUGUGGGAAAGCCUUUACCCGACCCUCACACCUCCUUCGACAUCAGAGAAUCCAUACUGGUGAGAAACCCCACAAAUGUAAGGAAUGUGGGAAAGCUUUUCGUUAUGACACGCAACUUAGUCUUCAUCAGAUAACUCAUACUGGUGAAAGACGCUAUGAAUGUAAGGAAUGUGGGAAGGUAUAUAGUUGUGCCUCACAACUGAGUCUACAUCAAAGAAUUCAUACUGGUGAGAAACCUUAUAAAUGUAAGGAAUGUGGGAAAGCUUUUAUCUCUGAUUCACAUCUUCUUCGACAUCAGAGUGUUCAUACUGGUGAGAAACCGUAUAAAUGUAAGCAGUGUGGGAAAGCCUUUCGUCGUGGCUCAGAACUUACUCGACAUCAGAGAGCUCAUACUGGUGAGAAACCUUAUAAAUGUAAGGAAUGUAAAAUGGCCUUUACUUGUAGCACAGAACUUAUUCGACAUCAGAAAGUUCACACGGGUGAGAGACCCCAUAAAUGUAAGGAAUGUGGGAAGGCUUUUAUUCGAAAGUCAGAACUUACUCAUCACGAGAGAAGUCAUAGUGGUGAAAAGCCCUAUAAGUGUAAGGAAUGCGGGAAGGCCUUUGGUCGUGGCUCAGAACUUAAUCGACACCAGAAAAUUCAUACUGGUGAGAAACCUUACAAAUGUAAGCAAUGUGGGAAGGCCUUUAUUCGUGGCUCACACCUUAGUAAACAUCAAAGAAUUCAUACAGGACAGAGGAGUGAAUGAAGACAUGUGGGAAGGCUCAAAAUUUUAUUGAUAUCUGCAAAGUCCUACUAGUUAAACACAAACCUACCGCCUGAUUUUAAGGGAUGUGGGAAAGCAUUUGAGGAUAACUUAAUAUCAGAGUUCAUACUGUGGAUACAAGGCCUUUUUUUGAGGGCCAGAAUUUAUUUGACGUGUUACUGCUAUUUGAUAAAUGUUAGUGGUUGGGAGGGUUCUAUUUAUGUUUCAAAAUUUAUUGGACCAUCAGUGUUCAAUUAAUGUAAAAGUGAUAAAACUUCAUGAAUGUGAGGAAAGUGGGAAGGCUUUGGAAGGCAGUUAAUGUGUCAGUGACAGCCCCACAGACAUUUCUCAGCAUCAGGAUCAUUUUUACCCUGUGGGAAAUCAGAGGAUUCUUAAUAUAAAUGUCAUAUAUAUAGGAGACAAAUUUGCUUUAGCUUAAGUUACUCAUCUGGUAAUUCUUGCUUGGGAAAGGCUAUAAUAAUGUUAAAAAUGCAGCAGGUUAUUCUAUCCCACUCAAAUCUUGUUAAAUAUUUGCAAGCUUAACCUCUAAAAAUAACCUGAACUGAAUCAUAGUGGGACAGGACUUAACCAGUGCUCAGUCUUUACUUGCCUUCACCAUUUUAACUCAUUUCUUAUGGGCAAAUGACUUAACUAGGUCUAAAUUUUCUCACUUAAAAAUUAGCAAUAUUAGCACCAUCUUGUUAGCAUUGUCAAGAUUAAAUAAUUACAUGAUAUCCCUUAGAAUACUGUGUGGCUCAUAUCGAAAGUGUGUUAAAUAAGAGCUGCUUUUAUUACUUUAUUUUUAUACUUGUGGAUGGAGAUCGUAUGAGAGGAAGGCCUUAUGUGUGCAGUGAAUAUAGGAACAUCUAACGUCAUCUUUUUAUUGAAUGUCAGGUAAUUCCUUCUGGAGAAAAAUUAAAAACUGAAGUUUUCAUUCUCCUUGCCUUCUUGCUUCACUAGGGGAAAGGAAAUCAAGGCAAAUUACAAUUAGAAAUGAAUGACAGAGUGGGGUGCCUGGGUGGCUCAGUCGGUUGAGCGUCCGACUUCGGCUCAGGUCAUGAUCUCACGGUCUGUGGGUUCAAGCCCUGCGUCGGGCUCUGUGCUGACAGCUCAGAGCCUGGAGCCUGUUUCCGAUUCUGUGUCUCCCUCUCUCUCUGACCCUCCCCCGUUCAUGCUCUGUCUCUCUCUGUCUCAAAAGUAAAUAAACGUUAAAAAAAAAUUAAAAAAAAAAAAGAAAAAGAAAUGAAUGACAGAGGGACAACUACGCAUUAACAUUUGUAGGAUGAAACAAAGCUAUACCCAGGAAAAUAACUUCUUUCAAUAUGGGUAGAAAAUGGGAGAUGAUUAAUGGCCAGGAUUCAUUGUCAGUACUUGGUGCACUGCCUGUUCUAAUAGGUCCCCUGUAAACACACGUAGAAAUCAGAGGAAUGAGGGAGUGAAUAAAUAUUCAUCUCUGGUGUGUAGAAAAGCUCUAACAAAGUAAGUGCAAAGCAAAACAAACCAAAAACCUUGAAAACUUUUGAAAUGGUAAAGUAAAAAACCCUCAAGCAUCAUGAAUGAGAGGAUAUGUAACUACAAAAAUGGAAUUGUAAAGAAAUAAGGCAAUACAGUUGUGGCAGACACUGUUGGUUACCUACCCAUUGGUGUUAGCCAUUUUCCCUUUGCCAGGACUGCCCAUCUGAAGUCUAGCUCUUGCUGUCCUAGUUUGCUUAAUAAUUGGACAUAUAUAUAACAGUCCUGGCCAUAGAAGAUCUGAGCAAAAGUUAUACGUAGCCUUUAUGUUAAAUUUUCUUUCCUAACAAAGUAGGAGGAAAUGGUCCUCUUAUACCCAGGAUGCAUGUCUAUAUGUGUAAUACCUGGAACUGUGGCCAUUUUGCUACCACAUGAGUAAGAGGCCGAGAUUGGCACAGGGAAUAGAUUGGAAUUACCUGCAUCCUUGACAUUGUUGAGCUAAUGAAACAAUGUGGAACUGCCCUGUUCCUGGACUUUGAGUAAAAUGAGAAACUUCAUGCAUAUCAGUUUUAAGUUUAUACUCACUUUUUUAUGAUCUAUCAGAGUCCUAGAAAAAAAUAUUUUCGUAUGUAUAUACACAUAUUUAUUCACCUUUAAUUUAGUAAAUUGGGGAAAUGUUUAUAUUCAGCUUUUUAUGGUAUAUCUGAAAUUGUAGUAAAGCAUUAUUUUCUUAAAUAUUUUUUAGACAUGUAUAUACAUAUAUUCUACUUUGAAUUAGUAAGACAUGGGAAAUUUUUUUUUUACAUUCAGCAUUUUAUAGUGUGUGUUUAUAUUCUUUUUAAAGCAUGUCUGAAAUCCUGAAAGAUAUUUUCCUGAAUAAAGAAUCAAUAAACUGAUUCCUCUCAUAUCAGAAUAUCUAACAGAUAAAAUCUUCUAAGUGUUCAAGGUACAAAGAGUCACACUGUGAGGCUAGCAUAACGCUUUUAAGAAAUUUGGAGGGGUGCCUGGGUUGCUCAGUUGGUUAGGCAUCCAGCUUCGGGUCAGGUCAUGAUCUCAUGGUUUGGAGUUCAAGCCCCGAGUUGGGCUCUGUGCUGACAGCUCGGAGCCUGGGACCUGCUUCAGAUUCUGUGUCUCUCUCUGUCCCUCCCCUGAUCACACUCUGUCUCUCAAAAAUAAAUAAACAUUAAAAAAAAUUUUUUUUGGAAAAGGAUAACAUUCAAAUCAAAUCACCCAAAAAAAUAAUCCAUUGUACUUAUGUGAAUAUUAAAAUAAGUUAAAUCUAGCAGCCUAUUAAAGAAAAUAGGGUUGUUGGGGAGUUUUUUUGUCCAGAAUAUGAUUCAUGACUUGAUCUGUCCAGUUAAUUUUUAAGUAAUGUAUCAAUGUAGUGUUUACACGUUGAAAACUAGACCCUAAAAUAACUUUUUCCCAAAGUAGUAACUGAGAAACUAUUAGAGCAUAUGCAUAUUCAGCUGCUGUGAAGUCACUGCAGUUAUCCACUUAAUCAGACCUCAUGGGCUGUAGACACAUUUGGAAUAAUCCCUAGUGGAUUCCACUUACGUCUUGCACUUUAGAAAAUAAUACUUCAAAUAAGUUUAAUGCAAACAUGUAUUAUAUGGUAAAUCAAUUAUAGCUAAAUGUCAGCCCAUUGGAGAAUUUAUAAUAAAAAUCCAAGCAUUUUUUAUUUUUUUGAGUAUGCUCUAUGCCCAAUGUAGGCUUGAAUUCCAGACCCUAAGAUCAAGAGUCACAUGCUCCACUGACUGAGCCAGCCAGGUGCGCCCAAGCAUUUUUUAAAGGGGAAGUUAUUGCUAAAUUUUAUCUGUACUGGCAUAAUUAUUCCUUAAGUCUCUUCUUGAAAGUUGUACGUACUGUUCUAAGAGGACAAGCUCUGCUCUUAGGAGGAAUUGAAUUAAUAAAGAUAGGCAAAACCAGGCAUGAUCAUGGUACUGGUUUCAUUAUAAUUUCUAAUAUUUUUUGACAUAUUAAGAGACGAUUCUCUUUCUUUUUUUGCCCAUGUAUACAUUUUCCUUUUUUCAACACUUGAAAAUUGUAUUCUAAUUUUAUAUAACAAACUAUCAGGGUGCCUGGCUGGCUCAGUCUGAAGGAUAUGCAACUCUUGAUCUUGCAGUCAUGAGUUCGAGCCCCACAUUGGAUGUAGAGAUUAUAAAUAAAUCAACCUAAAAAAAAAAAAAAAAACUAGGAGCGCCUGGGUGGCUCAGUUGAGCAUCUGAGCAUCUUUUGAUUUCGGCUUGGGUCAUGAUCUCAUGGUUUGUAGUUUCGAGCAAGCCACGUGUCAGGUGACUUUCAGCAUGGUACCUGCUUGGGAUUCUUGGUCUCCCUCUCUGCCUUUCCCCUGCUUGCCCUCUCAAAAAUGGAUAAAUCUUAAAAACAAAAACCCCACGUUCUCUUAAUUGCCAUUACAAAAGCCUUCCAUGCUUUUUGCCAUACUCAAGAAGCAUGCCCACAUCGAAGAAGUUUGCUUUGGUAGUGGUGAUGGUGGUGUGUGUGUGUAGUGUAGCAUAGUUUAAACGGGAUCAUGCUUACACAUUAAGGUGCAAUCCCCUUUUCUCACUUGGUAACUUACCAUGACUGGGCUUCCUUCCAGUCAGUGCCUACAAGUGUAACUUUUUAGCUUUUAGACUCCUACAUCAUAAAGACAAAGCAUAAUAAUAUGCAUCCCAAUCUUCCACCAGUUCAGAUUUGUUAUUUUACAAAUAAUUAAUUGUACAAUUUUAUUACACAUGUAUUAUUUCCUGUUGGUACUUCUGUUGAGUGGAUGGAUUCCCACCAGUUGGAUUCCUUGCUUUACAACAUAGUGUAUUUUAAAUGUAGUAGUUAAUGCCUUAUUUUCUGAAAUUCGCCAUUAAUCUAGAAAUAUAUGCCCAUUCCCAACUUCAAUGAAGAAUGAAUCUUUUGUUAAAUUGAGUGAAGAAAAAAAAGUGAGUUUAAUUUGCAUUUUCUUAACUGUCGGUGAGGUUGAGCGUUUAUCAUGUCUAAAACAUCAUGCCUAAUGUUGCUGUGAAUUCCUUGUUUUUAUGUAUUCCAUUUUUUAAAUUGGAGUAGUUUUUGAAGGAGUUUGUAGAAACCUUGUUUUGUUACAUACUUUGCAGUUGGUUUUCUUCGUCUAGCAUGUAUUUUUUACCUUUUUUAAUGGCAAAAGAAAUCAACAGACUUUUUCUGUGAAGGACCAGAUAGUAAAUAUUUCAGGCUUUGUGGUCAUACAGAAUCUACUCUGCCUUUGUAGUGUGAAAACAUACAUAAACCAGUGGUUCUUCACCAGGGGUAGUUUUUACCUGUCCUACUCUUAAUCCCAGGAGACACUGGGCAGUGUCCAGAGAGAUGUUUGUUUGUCAGUUUGAGGGGAAGGGCUGCUGGCAUCUAGUGGGUAAAGGCUAGGGAUGCUCUGAAUAUCCUGUAAUGCAUAGUACAGUCCCUUACAACAGAUCUGGGGGUGCCUGGGUGGCUCAGUAGGUUAAGCGUCUGACUUCAGCUCAGGUCAUGAUCUCAUGGUUGGUGGGUUCAAGCCCCGUGUCGGGCACUGUGCUGACAGCUCAGAGCCUGGAGCCUGCUUCCGAUUCUGCCUCUCUCUCUGCUCCUUCCCCACUUGUGCUCUCUCUCAUAAAUAAACAUUGGAAAAAAAAUUUUAGAAUUAUUUAGUCCAAAAUAUCAGUGCUGAAGUUGAGAAAUCCUGAAUGUAAGAAAAUGGGCAUGGCUGUGUUCCAAUAAAACUUUACACAACAAGCAACAGGCCACAUUUAGGUAUCCUUUUUGAUGUAUGAUAUCUACUUUUCUGAAUAUUGUUCCAGAAUUCUCCUAAUUUUUCCAAACUUUCUUGUUUAUGUUAAAUUUUCUUGACUAAAAUAAUUCAGAAAAACAGUAGCACCUGUGUGACUGGUGCCUACUAACUAGACAUCUAAUUGUUUUUUAUUAAAAUUUUAUAAAAGAAGUAAAUCAUUUCAUAAAUAAGUCUUCUCUUUUCCCUUCAGUCCUGCUCUUCUCCCUGUGUCUGAAGAGGCAAUAACUUGGUGCACGUACUAUCUGUAAAACCAAUACUUAGGUGUACACACAAAUGGCACAUAAUAUGGGUUUCUAGGAAACAAAUGAUACGUAUUUCUGUAAUUUUUCUUAUUGACAAUAUGUGAGAUCUAAAACUUGAAAAAUACCUAAUUUUUA